AUGGCUCGUCUGAGCUUCCUACUUCUGGGCGCUCUCUCCGCGCUAAGCGGUUUCGCCAAUGCCAGCGCCGUAAAGGACUUGCUCCCAACAAACUUCGAUGACAUCGUCCUCAAGUCUGGCAAGCCUGCUUUGGUGGAAUUCUUUGCCCCAUGGUGUGGCCACUGCAAGACACUCGCCCCUACCUACGAGGAACUCGCUACUCUAUUCGCUUUCGCUGAGGACAAGGUUAUCGUCGGCAAGGUCGAUGCGGACGCACAUCGUGAGCUGGGCAAGCGGUUUGGUGUACAGGGUUUCCCUACCCUGAAGUGGUUCGAUGGCAAGAGUGAUACUCCUGAGGAGUACUCAGGUGGUCGUGAUCUGGAAAGUCUAUCCUCGUGGAUCACCGAUAAGACUGGCAUUAAGCCGCGUGGCGCACAGAAGGAGGAGAGCAAGAUUGAAUUCUUGAACGAUGCCUCUUUCAAGACUGUUGUUGGUGGUGAUAAGAGUGUUCUGGUUGCUUUUACUGCGCCGUGGUGUGGCCACUGCAAGACUCUUGCUCCCGUCUGGGAAUCCCUCGCCAAUGACUUCGCCCUCGAAUCGGACGUUGUCGUCGCCAAGGUGGACGCUGAAGCUGAGAAUGCCCGCGCUCUGGCCAAGGAGCAGGGUGUCACCGGAUACCCUACCAUCAAGUUCUUCCCCAAGGGCUCCACCGAGCCGGAGACCUACUCUGGCGCUCGCUCCGAGCAGGCCUUUGUCGAGUUCCUGAACACCAAGACUGGCACCCACCGCUCUGUUGGAGGUGGUCUUGACAAGAAGGCCGGCACUAUUGCUGCUCUGGACAAGCUUGUUACCGAGUAUGUGUCCUUGCACAAGUUCGCCGACCUUGCCACCGACUUGAAGAAGGCUGCCAAGGAUGUUCAGGACAAGUACGCUGCCUACUACGUCAAGGUUGCAGACAAGUUGAGUCAGAACGAGGAUUACGCCUCCAAGGAGCUCACCCGCCUGCUGAAAGUUUUGGGUAAGGGUGGUUCUGCCCCCGAGAAGGUCGAUGACCUUGUCUCGCGCAGCAACAUCCUCCGUGGCUUCGCUGGCGAGGAGACUGCGAAGGAUGAGCUGUAA